UGUCUGACCCUCGCCGCCGUCACCAGGCGCCUCUGCAUCUUGAAAGGGAUUUACCCCCACGAGCCCAAGCACAAGAAGAAGGUGAACAAAGGCUCCACCGCAGCCAGGACCUUCUACCUCCUCAAGGACAUCAAAUUCCUCCUUCAUGAGCCCAUAGUCAACAAGUUCCGCGAGUAUAAGGUGUUUGUCCGGAAGCUCCGGAAGGCGUACGGGAAGAGCGAGUGGAGCACCGUCGACCGCCUGAAGGACAACAAGCCCAGCUACAAGCUCGACCACAUCGUGAAGGAGAGGUACCCGACCUUCGUAGAUGCGCUGCGGGACCUGGACGAUGCCCUCUCCAUGUGCUUCCUCUUCUCCACCUUCCCACGGACGGGCAAGUGCCACGUCCAGACCAUCCAGCUCUGCCGGCGCCUGACCGUGGAGUUCCUCAACUACAUCAUCGCCUCCCGCUCCCUGCGGAAGGUCUUCCUCUCCAUCAAGGGCAUCUACUACCAGGCCGAGGUGCUGGGGCAGCCCGUCACCUGGAUCACCCCUUACGCCUUCGCCCACGACCACCCCACAGAUGUGGAUUACCGUGUGAUGGCCACCUUCACCGAGUUUUACACCACCCUGCUGGGCUUUGUCAACUUUCGCCUCUACCACUCCCUCAACCUGCUCUACCCCCCCAAGAUCGAUGGCCAGGCUGAUGUUGAGCUGAAGCCUGCAGAGGGCAAGGAGUACGCCAUGGAUUCGGAGAGCUACCUGGAGAAACUGUCGGCUCUGAGCGCCAGCCUGGCCCGUGUGGUGGCACCAACCCACGAGGACGAGGUGGAGAUGGACGAGUUCCCAGUGGAGGGG